UUACGUGGACAAAAGUAAUUAAAUGAUUCUAUAAUAUCGAUAAACCUGUCGCAACCCAUCAAAUCAUUUCAACUCUCAGACCUCUUAUAGUGAAAGAAAACAGAGAGAUAACAUCAAAACCAAUCACUACCACCACAGUAGUACCAUUCUUUACUUUACUACUACAACACAACACAACACAACAAUGGCAAAACACAAGGAACAACCAAACCAAACACAGUACUAAUCACAUCAAAACCAAACACAAACACAAACACAAAAACAAAAAACAACACACUCUCUCUGUUUACACACACAACACAACACAAUGCUUCAUCAUCUAUUAUUCAUGUUCCUCUUUCUCUUCCUCCUCCUCCUUCAACCACCAACCAUUACCUCUCUCUCACAAGAAGGUUUCUACCUACACCAAUUCAAACUCUCCCUAGACGAUCCCUCCUCUUCUUUAUCCACCUGGAACAACAACCGUGACCAAACACCAUGCACUUGGUCCGGCAUAACCUGCGACGACAACAAAACAGUAACAAAAAUCAACCUCUCAAAUUUCAACCUCUUUGGUCCACUUCCAACUUCAAUCCUCUGUCGUUUAACAAAUCUCACUACACUAAUCCUAACCAACAAUUCCAUCAACCAAACACUCCCUUUAGAUAUUUCUCUUUGCACCUCCCUUACUCAUUUAGACCUCUCUCAAAAUCUACUCACCGGUACACUCCCCCACACUCUAUCAAAUCUUCCUAACCUCCGUUAUCUUGACUUAACGGCUAACAACUUCUCCGGUGAAAUACCUAACUCUUUCGGUAAAUUCCAGAAACUUGAAGUCAUUUCGUUAGUUUAUAAUCUUCUAGAUUCUUCUAUUCCUGCUUCUCUCGGAAACGUAACUACAUUGAAAACUCUUAAUCUCUCUUAUAAUCCGUUUCAACCGUCGCAUAUUCCGCCGGAGAUCGGAAACCUAACUAACCUUGAGAUUCUAUGGCUUAGUUCAUGUAAUCUUGUUGGUGUUAUUCCUGAUUCGUUUAGGAAUUUGAAGAAACUAAGUGUGUUUGAUCUUUCUAUGAAUAAUCUUGAAGGUUCUAUUCCGAGUUCGCUCACUGAAAUGACGAGUUUGAAGCAGAUUGAGCUUUAUAAUAACUCGUUGUCCGGUGAGUUACCUGCCGGAAUGUCGAAUCUUACUUUGUUGAGGCUUAUUGAUGUUUCGAUGAAUUCUAUCGGUGGUGUUAUUCCUGAUGAGUUAUGUAGAUUACCGCUUGAGAGUCUUAAUCUUUAUGAGAAUCGAUUCUCCGGUGAGUUGCCGGCGAGUAUAGCUGAUUCGCCGAACUUAUAUGAGUUUAAGAUUUUUACGAAUUUGCUCACCGGUGAGUUGCCGGAGAAUUUAGGGAAGAAUGGUCCGUUGAUAUGGUUUGAUGUUUCGAAUAAUAAAUUUUCCGGUAAGAUUCCGGCAAGUUUGUGUGAGAAGGGAGCGUUGGAGGAGUUAUUGAUGAUACAUAAUUCGUUUUCCGGGGAGAUUCCGGAGAGUUUGGGUAGGUGUCGAACAUUGGCGCGUGUUAGGUUGGGUUUUAAUAGGUUGUCUGGUGAUGUUCCGGUGGGUUUGUGGGGUCUGCCGCAUGUGUAUCUUCUUGAACUUGUUGAUAACUCGUUUUCUGGUUCAAUUGCUAAGACUAUUGGUGGAGCUGGAAAUUUGUCUUUGUUGACUUUAUCCAAUAAUAAUUUUUCUGGUGUGAUUCCUGAAGAGAUUGGAAGAUUGGAAAAUCUUUUGGAGUUUUCUGGUGGUAAUAACAAGUUCAACUCUUCAUUGCCUGAGAGUAUUGUGAAUCUUUCCCAGCUUGGGAUUCUUGAUCUUCACAAUAAUAAUCUCUCUGGGGAGCUUCCAAAAGGGAUUCAAUCUCUUAAGAAACUCAAUGAGUUAAAUUUGGCUAAUAAUGAGAUUGCUGGUAAAAUUCCUCAAGAAAUUGGGAGUAUGUCUGUGCUAAAUUUUCUUGAUCUUUCUAAUAAUCGAUUUUCCGGAAAUGUUCCUUUGAGUUUGCAGAAUUUGAAGCUGAAUCAGCUAAAUUUGUCUUACAAUAGUCUUUCUGGAGAGAUUCCACCUCUUAUGGCUAAGGAUAUGUAUAGGGAUAGUUUUAUCGGUAAUCCCGGUUUGUGCGGAUAUUUGAAAGGUUUGUGUGACAAAGGGGAGGGUAAGAGUACAAAUUUUGUAUGGUUACUUAGAACUAUUUUCAUAGUUGCAGCUUUGGUUUUAGUCUUUGGUGUGAUUUGGUUCUACUUCAAGUACAUGAAUAUCAAGAAAGGUAGAUCUAUUGAUAAAACAAAAUGGACAUUGAUGUCGUUUCAUAAACUGGGUUUUGGUGAAGACGAGGUCUUGAAUUGCCUUGAUGAAGAUAAUGUCAUAGGAAGUGGAUCGUCCGGGAAAGUCUACAAGGUUGUGCUUAAAAAUGGAGAAGCUGUUGCCGUGAAGAAGAUAUGGGGCGGGGUCAGAGUGGAAACGGAGGGUGGAGAUAUUGAAAAGAAUCAAUUUCAAGACAAUGCUUUUGAUGCAGAGGUGGAAACUUUGGGAAAGAUUAGGCACAAAAACAUUGUCAAGCUAUGGUGUUGCUGUACCACGAGGGAUUGCAAGCUAUUGGUUUAUGAGUAUAUGCCAAAUGGUAGUCUUGGUGAUAUGCUUCAUAGCAGUAAAGGAGGGUUGUUGGAUUGGCCAACUAGGUAUAAGAUAGCUCUUGAUGCUGCAGAAGGCCUAUCUUAUCUGCAUCACGACUGUGUUCCUCCUAUUGUUCAUAGAGAUGUGAAAUCUAAUAACAUCUUGUUGGAUGAAGAAUUUGGCGCAAGGGUUGCAGAUUUUGGGGUAGCUAAGGUGGUCGAAUCCAACGGGAAAGGAACUAAAUCCAUGUCUGUCAUAGCUGGCUCUUGUGGGUAUAUUGCACCAGAAUAUGCAUACACACUCAGAGUGAAUGAGAAGAGUGACAUAUAUAGUUUUGGUGUUGUUAUCCUUGAGUUAGUCACCGGAAGGAAGCCGGUAGAUCCUGAAUUUGGGGAAAAAGAUUUGGUUAUGUGGGCAUGUAACACCUUGGAUCAGAAAGGUGUUGACCAUGUGCUUGACUCACGACUUGAUUCAUGUUUCAAAGAAGAAAUUUGCAAGGUCCUCAACAUUGGCCUAAUGUGCACUAGUCCUCUUCCAAUCAACCGGCCUGCAAUGAGAAGAGUAGUGAAGAUGUUACUAGAGGUAGGAGGCACGGAUAGCCAAACCAAGUCUUCCCAGAAAGCUGGAAAGUUGUCACCAUAUUACUAUGAUGAUGCAUCAGAUCAUGGAAGUGUUGCUUAAUUUUGUUCAAGGGUUGUGAUUAUUUAAUUCAGAAGAGGAGGUUGAGAAGUUCUAACUAAGCUUUUCUUUUAGUUUUUGCUUAUUGCUUAUUACAGUGUUAACUUCUCCUCCAUGUUUUCCACGAUCAUGAUUUGCUUGACAAAAGUUGGUUAAAGAAAAGGGAAGAUAAUUUAUUUUAAGAGGGUUUAAAAUAGAUAUAGAAUCAUGGCAAGUUGGUGUUUAUUACCAUAUGUAAUGUAAAGUUGGUGGACAUGAAGACCCUUCCCUAGUUAAUUUAAAUUUGAAUCUGCAUUUGCAUUUAUAUCUCGUUA